AUGGAGUCACUCGGCGCAGCAAAUAUUCAAUUUGGGUUUGAUCUUUUCAAAGUGCUGAAGAAAACAGAGAAUGGCAAUGUCUUCUUCUCUCCUGUGGGCAUCUCCACUGCCAUUGGCAUGAUCCUUCUAGGGACCAGAGGAGCCACUGCCUCUCAGUUACAGAAGGUGUUUCACUUUGCAAAAGACACAGAAGACUCAAGAAUAAAGACUAGAGAAAAAGAGGACAUUCGGCUCAAGCACGGAAAAAGGAUUGGGGAGACGGAGGAGAUACAUCAGUACUUCCAAAAGUUACUGACUGAUAUAGAUAAGCUCGGGAAUGAAGGAGAGCUGAAUAUAACCAACAGACUGUUUGGAGAAAAAACAUACCUUUUCCUCCAGAAAUACUUAGAUUAUGUUGAAAAAUAUUACCAUGCAUCUUUGGAGCCUGUUGAUUUUCUAAAUGCACCUGAUGAAACUCGAAAGAAGAUUAAUUCCUGGGUUGAAAGCCAAACAAAUGAAAGGAUCAAAGACUUGUUUCCAGAUGGCUCUCUGAGCAGCGCCACCAAACUGGUGCUGAUCAACACGGUUUAUUUUAAAGGGCAAUGGGACAGAGCGUUUAAGAAAGAAGAUACCAAGGAGGAAGAAUUUUGGCUGAAUAAGAGUACAAGCAAAACUGUGUUGAUGAUGACACAGCGCCAUCCCUUCAGCUUCAUGCUCCCCGAGGACUUGCCGGCUAAAAUCCUGGGGAUCCCGUACAAAAACAACGGCCUCCAGAUGUUUGUGCUUCUGCCUGAUGACAUAGAUGGUCUGGAGAAGAUUAUAGACAGAAUAACUCCUGAGAAGUUAGUAGAGUGGACUAGCCCAGGGCAUAUGGAAGAAAAGAACGUGAAUUUACGCCUGCCCCGGCUGGAAGUGGAGGGCAGUUACGACCUUGGGCCUGUCCUGUCCACCGUGGGGCUGGAAGAUGCCUUCGUGGAGAGCAACGCCGACUGCUCCGUGUCCUCGCUGUCCGGGCUGCAUGCGGACAAGUUGCUGCACAGGUCCUUCGUGGCGAUCACGGAGGAAGGCACGGAGGCUGCUGCCGCGACCGGCAUCCGCUUCAACGUCAGCUCGGCUUCUGCCUAUGAAGACUUUCACUGUAAUCACCCUUUCCUGUUCUUCAUCAGGCACAGCGACUCCAACAGCAUCCUCUUCUUUGGCAAAUUUUCAUCUCCAUGA